ACCACCUUCGCUUUUAUUUUCCUCCUAGAACGACAAACCUGCUUUUGACAAAAAUGGAAACAGAAAACGCGAAAGAAACCGGAGAAAUCGAAGCAUCGAAUGAGGCUAAAUCCGAUCCUGGCUCCCCCCCGAACCCGAGAACCGUUAAGACGAAAGUGCCCGAAGUAGAGAUCCGAUUGUAUCGACGAGGCAAGGGUCCGAUCGACGUGUUCAGGUCGAGCUUGGGAGGAUGGGACCAGGACCAACUGGAGGUCCGAGAUAUACUCGAGAAAUACGGGUUCAAAUCGAUUUACGCUUACAAUACUGAGUCGGGUCGUGGCGUCCCAAUCCGAUUUCAUCCGAGAAAUGGAAGGUCUAUUAUUGGAUACAAGGACGGUUCGGUGGUUUACAUUGACGGCGAACCAAAAGAUUCUUUGAUCAAACCUAUAACCAAGAUCUUGGUAGGAGUAGCAGUUAUAACGCUUUUGAUAGCUCUGGUAGUGAAGGAUACUCCUGAAUGGAUCAAGAAAUUAAACAUUUUGGGUGGAGAUUUCCCUCCUUGGGUCCUCGCUUGCAUUGUUAUCGUUUUUACACGCAUGAGGAAGAGAACGAAGGAUUUCUUGAAGAAGCUUGGUUGGUGAACAGAGAUGCUCAAGAGGCAUUUUGUUUAGGCCUGAUAAGAGGCUGGUAAUGAUGAAAUCUUGUGCUUCCCCCCUCCAUUUUUGUUUCUAUGCCUAGAAUAAUCUGUUGAUGUUCGUGGAACACUUCCACACAUAUAUCAUAAAUCAAAAUAGCGCAAGAAGUCACAAAAUGUGUUAAAUUGUGAUGAAACUCAGAUUAAUCUGUAAGAUUUUGAAGUGAAGGGAAUUCAGUGACAAGCUAUUUAAGUUUGCUAUCAGGAUAUAUCUUUCUUAUUAAAACAGUGUACCACCAUUAUUAUGCUAUAUGCUGGAAGUAAAUAUGUUCUAAGUAUUUCUGAUGCUAGACAUG